GACCGAUAGCUAUGCCCGUAUGUGUAACCAACGCCGCUAGCCCCACGCUAGCGAAAAGAGCCGCUGCACAACACCCUUCGUGCAUCGUCAUACCGCCCAGCUCCUAUCACCACCAUGUCCUCUUCACUCACCAGGCUCCGUCCAUAUCAAACCCCCUUCUUUCGCAACUUUCGUAGCUUUAGCUCCUCGUCUCAACUUAGCUCCCGCCUCCGCCAACCAGGCGAACCCACAGGCCCCAACGAACCCCCCACUCACAUCUCCUCGUCCCCCUCCAAGUCGCCCCUCAAAGUUUGGCCGAUCAUCCUGAUCUUCGCAACAGGCAGCUUCUUAUUCAAGAAGAUUGUGGAUCAGCGAAAGGGAGAAGGAUAUCAGCCCAAGGGACCAGUACAAGGACACUCGCCGAGUGGAAAGGGAACUGUGCAGCCAUCGCACCCCCAUUAG